AUGGCGGAAGCUCCCCCACGGCCCUGCCGGUUUUUCUGUCACCGAUGUUCAGAGGAGAUUAGUCCCCAACUCCCGGACUACACCUGCCCACGGUGUGAGUCUGGCUUCAUUGAGGAGUUACCUGAGGAGACAAGUUCAGAGAAUGGGUCCACAUCCACAGCCUCUUCCAGUGAUCAGAACCAUCCCUCUAUAGAGAACGUGGACCAACAUUUAUUUACUUUUCCCCACGGUUAUGGUCAGUUUGCUCUGGGUAUUUUUGACGAGGGCUUUGACCUCAGAGCAGGGUUGCCCACAGAGGAUAACCGCGAUGCAGAAAACCGGCGAGAACGGGAGAUGGCAUCUCGGCAGCGGUACGGCGCACGGCAACCGCGAGGGCGCCAUGUGCCCCGGAGACAAGGAACACGGCAUGAGGGCGUGCCAACGUUAGAGGGGAUCAUUCAGCAGUUAGUAAAUGGAAUUAUUGCACCAACAGCUAUGCCAAACAUGGGCAUGGGGCCUUGGGGAAUGCUUCACUCUAAUCCAAUGGAUUACGCAUGGGGUGCCAACGGACUAGAUGCAAUUAUCACACAGUUAUUAAAUCAGUUUGAAAAUACAGGUCCCCCACCAGCAGACAGGGAGAAAAUUAAGAGCCUCCCUACAGUUCAGAUCACAGAGGAGCAUGUGGGUGCCGGUUUAGAGUGUCCUGUGUGUAAAGAAGACUAUAGCGAAGGGGAGAGUGUUAGGCAACUUCCGUGCAAUCAUCUCUUUCAUAAUGACUGUAUAGUACCCUGGCUAGAACAGCAUGACACAUGUCCCGUGUGUAGGAAAAGCCUGAGUGGUCAGAACACAGCCACAGACCCUCCUGGCCUGUCAGGAAUGAACUUCUCCCCUUCUUCCUCCUCCUCUUCCUCCUCCAGCUCCCCCAGUAACGAGAACGCGGCCAACAACUCAUAAACAACAACAACAAAAAAAAAGUCAACUCAAUUGUUUCCCAUCAUUUUCUUAAUCUGCUCAAUCAGCGAGAAUGUUGCAAACUGCUCUUAACGGACCCACGUCGGGGCCUCUGGCCCACACACUCCUAAUCUCCAUAUUAAAU